GCGAAGCCGGCUUUGGAGAGCCCGCUGUGGCGGCGGCAACAUGGCGGACGUGCUCAGUGUCGGAGUGAACCUGGAGGCCUUUGCCCAGGCCAUCAGUGCUAUCCAGGCGCUGCGCUCCAGCGUGAGCAGGGUGUUCGACUGCCUGAAGGAUGGCAUGCGGAACAAGGAGACGCUGGAGGGCAGGGAGAAGGCCUUCAUUGCGCACUUCCAGGACAACUUGCAGUCUGUCAACCGGGACCUCAAUGAACUGGAACGUCUGAGCAAUUUGGUGGGCAAGCCGUCUGAGAACCACCCUCUCCAUAACAGUGGACUGUUAAGCCUGGAUCCUGUGCAGGACAAAACUCCUCUCUAUAGUCAACUCCUUCAAGCAUACAAAUGGUCAAACAAGUUGCAGUACCAUGCAGGUCUAGCAUCUGGCCUUCUGAAUCAACAGUCGUUGAAACGUUCUGCUAACCAGAUGGGAGUAUCUGCUAAACGCAGACCAAAGGCUCAACCCACGACUCUCGUCUUACCACCUCAAUAUGUUGAUGAUGUGAUCAGCCGCAUUGACAGAAUGUUUCCUGAAAUGUCUAUCCACUUAUCCAGACCCAAUGGAACGUCAGCAAUGCUUCUGGUGACCUUGGGAAAGGUGUUGAAAGUGAUCGUUGUCAUGCGGAGCCUCUUCAUCGAUCGAACAAUAGUGAAGGGGUAUAAUGAAAAUGUCUAUACGGAAGAUGGCAAGCUUGAUAUAUGGUCCAAAUCCAACUAUCAGGUAUUCCAGAAGGUGACCGAUCAUGCCACCACUGCCCUGCUCCACUAUCAGCUGCCCCAGAUGCCAGACGUCGUGGUCAGAUCCUUCAUGACCUGGUUAAGAAGUUACAUAAAGCUGUUCCAGGCCCCGUGCCAGCGAUGCGGGAAGUUCCUACAAGAUGGCCUUCCCCCCACGUGGCGGGAUUUCCGAACCCUCGAAGCCUUCCACGACACCUGCCGGCAGUAACCACAGCCCAGCCCCAUGCCAGCCUGCAGAGCCCCGUCCAGAACCUUCCCAGACAAGCCCUGAGUAGUACUGGUGGCUCAGCCACAUCUUUACUGCCCAGACAGCAAUACAGCCACUCUUUCCCUUUUGUAAAACAGCAUGUGGUACGUUAAGGCUGAGCCUCGUGAAGAACAGCUUCCAUCUCUGUGUUGUUGGGGCUGACUUUACGCUGUAGCCAGUGUAUGGAAGGCCAGGAAGACCAUUUUAGAACUCACCGUAAGGAAGCUGUGCAGCGUGCUCUUCUGUGUAUGUUAGCGAUACUGGUGCAUGAUCCUCCUGGAGCCGUGUUCUAAGUCAUUUUCACGAACCCUUAGAGUUUGAAUGAGCCCCUGUGUUCAUACCUAUUGUCAUGCUGGGCUUGUUUUGUUCUGUAACUUAUUUUUAUAAGCAGUAAACCUUUUGUACCUGGGA